GGGGGGGCGUUAGGGGCUGUGGCGGUGCGCGGGGACCUGGCGCGGUGGCUGCGGGACGGACGAGAAACUACUAAAGUUCCUGUGGAAGCAAAGUAGAAUUUUGUUACGAACAUAAUGGAUGGAAAAGAAAAAACCUACAGUGGCUGUGAAGGCCCAGAUGCCAUGUAUGUCAAGUUGAUAUCUUCAGAUGGUCAUGAAUUUAUUGUAAAAAGAGAACAUGCACUAACAUCGGGAACAAUAAAAGCCAUGUUGAGUGGCCCAGGUCAGUUUGCUGAGAAUGAAACUAAUGAAGUCAAUUUUAGAGAGAUCCCUUCACAUGUGCUAUCAAAAGUAUGCAUGUAUUUUACCUACAAGGUUCGCUACACUAACAGCUCCACAGAGAUUCCUGAAUUCCCAAUUGCACCUGAAAUUGCACUGGAACUGCUGAUGGCUGCGAACUUCCUAGAUUGUUAAAUAAAAUAAAUUAUAAUAAACUGUUAA